AUGCUUCGUCAAACAGCUCUUUUCGCCUUGGCCCUUGCGGCACCAACCAUCGCCCAAGUUACUGAAGGCUUCGAGAAUGGCUGGGAUCAAACCGCAUGGCCUGUGUACGCAACAGACUGUAAUCAAGGAGGCAAAGUCACCCUAGAUAGCUCGACAGCCCACACGGGCAAGAACAGUAUUCGUGUCGAUGGAGCAGGUGGAUUCUGUGGCCACAUCUUCGUUGGCACAACGAAGAUUCCUUCUGGCGAUGUUUACGUGCGAACAUAUGUCAAAGCCGCAAAAGCUCUGACCGACUCCCACGUAACCUUCAUCACCAUGCCCGACUCGGCUCAAGGCACAAAUAAACACCUCCGCAUCGGAGGACAAUCCAAGAUCCUCAUGUACAAUCGCGAAACCGACGACGCUACUUUGCCGGAUCUGUCCCCACAGGGUAUUGCGACGUCCAAGGCGCUGCCAACGAAUGCUUGGACGUGCUUUGAGUACCAUUUGGGUACUGACGGAAGUGUGGCGACGUGGUUGAACAACGUAACGGUGCCGGCUUUGACUGUGGGCAAUGGAGCGACGAAUGCGAAUGCGGGGCAGUGGACGAGGAGCAGUGUUAAGCCGAAGAUUACGGGAGCGUACUUUGGAUGGGAAAGCUAUGGCGGUGAUACUAACACUAUGUGGAUCUUGGUGUGGCAGUUUCUUGCUCUGAGCAUCGCAGCUGGCUUGCGGCGCGAUACCCUGCCGAUCAGGUAUCGCCUGAUCCCUAUUGGGUUGGCUUACGACUCCCACUUGGCGAACAAGCGGAACCAAGCCCACGAGCACCGCGCCACACUUGCUUUCACCAAUGUAGACGACCAGACCCACGCGUUCGCCAUGUCGUCUGUAGCAGCGUCGGCAAGUGCGGCGCCCACGGCGCCCAUCAAGGCUCCGCCGCAAGCCGGUAUCCUCGAGGGCGUCAAUCCAGUGCAUUUCGACAAGAAUCAUCCGAUUAUUCUGUUCAUUGUUCAGGCGGGCAUUAUUAUCAUCUUCUGCCGCGCACUCAACUGGCCCCUCUCGAAAAUCCGUCAACCUCGUGUGAUAUCCGAAAUCAUCGGCGGCAUCAUUCUGGGUCCCUCCGUUAUGGGCCGGAUCCCCGGCUUCCAAACCUCCAUCUUCCCAACCGAGUCCAUGACCAACUUAAACCUGGUUGCCAAUCUCGGUCUCACAUUGUUUCUGUUCAUCAUUGGACUGGAAGUAGACCUACGAUUUUUACUAAGCAACUGGAGACCAGCGCUCAAUGUUGGCUUGGCGAGUAUGGCUAUUCCGUUUGGACUUGGAUGCGCUAUUGCCGUGGGACUUUACAAUGAGUUCAAGGAUGAGCCGGAUACGGUUCAGAUUGACUUUGCCAUCUUUAUGUUGUUUAUCGGUGUGGCUAUGGCGAUUACUGCCUUUCCUGUGCUUUGCCGUAUCUUAACGGAACUCAAGCUGCUCAUGACUCCAGUUGGUGUUAUCGUUCUCUCAGCUGGUGUUGGUAACGACGUUGUUGGAUGGAUUCUACUCGCUCUUUGCGUAGCUCUUGUCAACGCUGGCUCGGGUCUGUCGGCACUGUGGGUGCUGCUCACAUGUUUUGGGUACAUGCUGUUCCUUGUGUACGCCGUUCGACCAGCAUUCGUCUACAUCCUGCGUCGUCAGCGCGCACUUCAAGACGGUCCCAGCCAAGGCAUCAUCAGUCUCACUCUGCUCAUCGCUCUGGGAUCCGCUUUCUUCACCGGUAUCAUUGGUGUCCAUCCUAUCUUCGGUGCGUUCAUGGCUGGUUUGAUCUGUCCGCACGAAGGUGGUUUUGCCAUCAAAGUUGCUGAGAAGAUUGAGGAUCUAAUCGGCGCCCUCUUCCUGCCGCUCUACUUUACCCUCUCAGGACUGAACACUAACAUUGGCCUCCUGGACUCUGGUAUUGUUUGGGCCUACGUCAUUGGCGUCUGCGCUGUAGCGUUUUUCUCCAAGUUCCUCAGUGCUACACUCGCGGCUCGUGGAAGCAAGAUGCUUUGGCGAGAAUGUUUCGCUGUAGGAUCACUGAUGAGUUGUAAGGGAUUGGUAGAGCUGAUCGUCUUGAACAUCGGGUUGAAUGCCAAGAUUCUCAGCACUCGAACCUUCACCAUCUUCGUUGUCAUGGCCCUUGUCACUACCUUUGCGUCGUCUCCCUUGACCAUGUACUUCUAUCCCCCGUGGUACCAGAAGAAGGUCGAGGCGUGGCGUCGCGGCGAGAUUGAUUGGGACACCGGCAAGCCUCUUGAUGGUUCCGAAGAUGGUGUCGACGGUGUGAACUACGAGAAGAUGGCUGCUGAGAAGAUCCAGCGGAUGACCGUCUACCUCCGUCUAGACAGUAUGCCUAACCUCCUAGCCUUCACCUCCCUCUUUGGUGGAAACGCAGACAAGCCAGCGGCCAAGACACACCCUUCCAAGGACAUUAGCAGUACUGGAAAAGAGACAGGCGAGACAUCACUAGUCGAAACCGCACCAUCAAGACCAGUAGAAGCCUACGGUCUCCGUCUACUCAACCUCACCGACCGUGGCUCCUCCGUCAUGCAGGUCUCGGAAAUAGAAUCAUACACAGCCUAUGACCCUGUCGUAAACACCUUCCGCACUUUCGGUCGUCUCCACAAUCUAGCCGUCAGCGGUGAAGUGCUCGUCGUGCCGGAAUCCUCUUUUGCCGAAACCCUCGCCACACGUGCUUCAGACUCUAACUUCCUUGUUCUUCCCUGGAGUGAGACAGGCGGUAUGUCCGAACAAGCCAUCAUUGAAGACAAGGGAACGAAGAACAAGCUCGCCGCAUCAGGUUACAACUCGUUUGUGCAUGAGACGCUCGAACAAGCCAGCAUACCCGUCGCAGUACUCAUCAACAAGAACUUUGGAGGCAGCAAGAACAAGGAGCAGAAGCAGCGAUUGAAGCUUACCAGAACAUACAGUAGUGUCAGUCUGUCGAGCGCUAGAGACAAGGCGGUUACAGCGCCCAUUGCGGAUCGAAGCCACCACAUCUUCUUCCCCUUCUUUGGCGGCAACGACGAUAAGACAGCGUUGAGAUUGGUUCUGCAGUUGGCAGAGAAUCCGCAGGUUACUGCUACAGUUGUGUACUUCGAUGUUCCAGAGUCCAUCAUUGGUGCUUCUGCAUCUUCGCCAAUCUCUUCAACGGUGCUAGGAAAGGAUGGAGAAGCCGUAACGACUACGACCACAACCACGUCCCGCGACCAGGACGCAGCCUUCUUCGCUUCCCUGCGCGCCUCGCUUCCCGUCGACCUAGCGAACCGCGUUAUCUUCGAGACUGUGCCAUCCACUGCACCAGUCGCUGAUGCUAUCGCCCGAGCGAGUAUCGAGGUUGGUCAGUCGCCGAGAAACGCAGGUGAUCUCAUCGUGUUGGGCAGGAAUGUAGCGAGGAACAGUGUGUUGGAGAGGGAGAACGCUGUGGACGAGAUAAGGAGUAGUUCGAGUGCGGCAGGUACGCUAGGUGUGCUUGCUGAGAAGGUUUGGGAAGGGAAACUGGGGGCUAGUGUCUUGGUUGUAAAGGCAGGAUUGUGA